CACAGCGAGACCGAAGCCAAUGCGUCUCCGCUGCCUCCUGCUUGUGGUGAUAUUCACGUUAGUGGCAUUCUGCUGCAGCAUUGUCGACGCUGAUGGUGUUAUCAUAGUCAAGGCCUCAGCGGCGGAUCCCACCGGCGCGUUCACGGUGAAUAGCGUCAACGUGAAGCAUUAUUUGAAGGGCAACAAGAAGGCGUCAACGACGCUGGCAGAUGAGGAACGAGGGAUAACGCAGAAAAUUCCAUUUGUUAACAAACUCAAGGCCAUGGUAAAGGCGAAUCCCGCCGUCACGAAGGCGAAGGUGAUGAUGGACAAGGAUAUAAGGCUCAAGGGUGCGUAUCUCAUUGUGAAAGGGCAAAUGAAGCCUCUUGCCAUUAUUGCAGCUGUAGCGUUGGCUGGUGGAUUCAUAAUGUACCUUGUAAAGGGAUAACCAGUACCAAGCAAAAAAAUUGCUGU